AUGGACAAAGCCAACCUGUGUACACACCUGAGCCCAUCCAUCUUCAGGUGCCAGAUGCCUCCUGGCUCAUGGCGGCCGAGGCAGGCCCAGGCAGGGGUGCAGCGCUCCAGCACCACACCUGCCGACCGCAGGGGUCGGCGCCCUGUGGAUCCUCUGGCCCAGGGUCCCAGCCACCUCCAGUGUGGUCUUUCAUGGAGGGUCCAGCUCCAGUCCGAGGUGACCUUUCCAGGUGAGGCCCCUGGCGCCUGGCACGGGUCCUGCAGGCUCCCAGCAGCCUGGAGGAGGAGCCCGCACUGUCAGAGGGACGCCGGGGGUUUCUUUGGCAACGUCGGGGCGGGCCUCUCCCCGCCUGGCCUCCCCGGACCUGGAGGCCUGGGUGCCCGGGUCCUGGCGCUCUGCUUGCUGCUGGCCUUUGAGCCGUGGCUGCCGCCCCGCACCCUCCCACGGACGGGGAGGCCUGGAGCCCUGCAGCGGGCUCUGGGGGCCGUGUGGGGGACGCCCUGGUCGUUCCUUACGAUGUCGCCCCACCCCCGAGGGGGGCGGAAGGGGGCCGUGUGCGCGGCACAGCGCAGGCGCACGCUGCUGCCUGCAGCUCUCCGGGCAGGGGCCGCCUUCCCGCGCGGCCCCAGGGAAGACAAGCUCCAUCUGCCUGCAGCCGAGGAUGAAGUCAUGGCUGCUGUGAGGUGGCCUGAGCCCUCCCAGCAGGCAGGCGCCCAGCGGGGAUCUCCCCACGUGGCCUGGUCUGACUACCCCAAGGAGCCCGGCCCCCGGGGGAAGGCCUGCAGCCUCCUGGUGUGGUUGACAGAUGAGGAGGCCAAGGAUGGGGACAGCUCGGUGUCAUCGGGCCGCCUCUCCGGCUCCUCGGGGGGCCAUGAGUCAUGCACACCUCCCCACGGGACCUGGAAGGAGAGGACCCCCCAGGUGCUGGGGCCCCCGCAGCAACCCAGGGAGAGCACUCCCCGGCUGGAGCAGCUGAGGGACAAGAUCCGGGCCCAGGCACGGUGGCAGGCGAGCCGCACCUCCCUGGGCACCUCGGCACCCGCCAGCGCCUCAUAUCUCUACAAAGCCCCCACGCCAGCCCCCCGGAGGAAGGCCCGAAAGCCGACAAACCCCGCUCCAGCCCUGGCCUACCCAGGCUCAGGCAUCUCGAGUGGGGCUGAAAGUGGAGUCGAAGACAAGGCAACACCUGGCCAGGGGCAUGAGGCCUCCAGGGUCUCCCAGCGGCAGGCCUCAGCUCCACGGGAAAAAACCAAAAGGAUGAAAAGUAGUUCUUGCAAAAGAGAGAAGACCCCCAAGCUGCCCGCCCCUAGGAGAGCUGCCAAAGACACAGCUCUCCUCGAAGGCAGGUGGGCUCACUCCCAUUUUGUAGAUGAGGAAACUGAGGCUCAGAGAGGUUCAACAGCCUGCCCAGGACCACACAGGCGAGCUGGGGUUGGGCCCUGACAGCUCCAGGCCUGUGCCCCCUACCUGAGAGAGCCCAGCUGUGUGUACCUGGGCCCACGCCGGGGCACCUUCUCCAGGCCACCCUCGGGGCCUGGGCUCUGGGACCACUGUACCACGGGCUGGAGACACCAGCCAGAGCCCCCUGGUUGGAGAAAGCCCUGGGAGGCUGAGGUCGGCUCUGUGGGGCCCCUGGUCUCGGAGUCAGCAGCACUGGGGGUCGAGCUGUUUCUGAGCAUCUCUGUGCCUCAGUUUCCCCAGGGUCGACGGUUCCAGCAGGAGGAGUACCUGUCCUCCUUCUCUGGCUGGAGGUGGGCCCUGAGUGAGGUGGGGAUGUGUCGGGAAAACCUCCACUGGAACCAGAAUUCUGAGUUGGCUGGUGUUUACGCUUGGAGAAAAGGACAAGCUCUGGUGAGGGUGCUGCUUGGGCCCCCUCCUUCCCUCCCUAGACUUCAGAGCAAGGGACCCUCAAGAGACUGGGCCCCCACCGCGGAAUUAGGACACGGCAAGAAGCUUGGAGCUGGUGAGAGUUCCCCUGUCCGCCCCCGGCUGCCUAGAUCGACCUCUGUCCGCAGCGACCCGCAGGUGUCAGCCAGCGCUCCCCACCUGGCUUCCUGCCAGCAGCCCGUGACCAUCCAGGCUGCUAUGGCCGUCCUUCGAGACCUCCGCCAGCAAAUCCAGGCCAGGCUGGAGCUGGCCCAGGACCGCCACCCAAGGCGAGGGCUGGAGCUGCGGGACCUGGCGGGGAGGAGGUGGCAGAGCCCCUGGAAGCCCCCAGACUCGCGGGGCUCCUGGAAGAGCCCUCGGGCCGUGACGGAGGGGGUGCCUGCCUCCGAGAGGGCUGGGAGCCUGCCCACGGCGCCGAGCUGGAGCACCUUGGCCAGGUGGGAGUCCUGUCCGCAGAGGACCUGGGCGGCCCAAGGACGAGAUCCCUCCUUCCGGGGGCCCGGGAGCCCCAUGGAAAGGCUGAACUCCUUCCCUCAGCGGCCCUGGAGCGCCUCGGCCAGGCGGGCCUCCUGUCCACAGAAGACCUGGGCGGCCCAAGGACGGGACCGCUCCUUCCGGAGGCCCGGGAGCCCCCCUGAAAGAUGGGGCCCCUUCCUGCAGCGGCCCUGGAGCACCUCGUCCGGGCAGGCCUGGGGUCUGCAGAGGGCCUGGACCGCUUGUGAAGACCGGCAGGCCCCUGCCCGAAGGCCAUGGAGCCCUCUGGAAAGGCCGAGCCCUCCCACCUGGCGUCCCUGGAGCGCCGCCUUCACGCAGGGGGCCAGCCCCCUGUGCCAGGGCAGGGGUCCACUUCUGACCCCCUCGGGGGAGAAGCUCGCCUGGCCAAGGCCCAGCCAGGAUGCCCUUUGGAACAUCCCUGGGAAGGAGAAUGAGGUGCGACCCCCGCCGCCCUGCCCGAAGCCCCGAGGGCCCCUGGGCCCCCUCCACGGCUCCGAGCCCCUGCGGGAGUUCAUGCGCCAGAAGACGGCGGCCUGGCGGCAGCAGGCCCUAAAGAAAAAGGCCUCUGCCACGCAAGCGCUGGAGCUCAGAAACCAGAGGCUGCAGGGCGUCUACAGGAAGCAGAGGGAGGCCGUCCCCGUGGUCUCCCAGACGACGCCCGGCAUCGUGACCUUCGUCCCGCAUUCUGCACAGUCCAGGGGCCUGGAAGCCGCCGGAGCGCCUGUGCUGCAGUGGAGCAGGGUGACUUCCGGCAUGGUGCUGGGGGACCAGGAGGCCCCGGGCAGCUUCUGCCUGUGUUUGAACAGAGCCUUGAACCCGGCUGAGACUCUGGAGGUGGGAGGCCCCCGAGAUGGCUGGGAGGGCGCCCCCCUGCUGACGUCGGCCAGUUCUUCCCUGGGCCCCCUGCAACUCCAGGACCUGACCACCCACUACCCAAGCCCGGGGCUGUGCAUCUACCUGGACCCCGAGGAGUCCGAGCGCCUGGGCACGCCGGGCCCCCUGCACUUCCGGUACAAGCAGGCCCGGCUGCAGGCCCUGGAGACCAUGGCCAACAUCCUGAAGCAGCGAAUCGACGUCCUCACCGACAGGCUGCGCAGGUCCGAGGCGACAGACGCACUGGGGGGGCCCGUCCCGGGCCCGCCGCCCUCAAGCUCCAGCAUGCCAGCCUGCCCCGGAGCCCUGGUGCCCAACGUGGGCGGAGGGGCACCCUGGGACUGGGCGGGCAUGCGGGCCAGGCCGCUUCUCUCUACCACCUGCUUCCCGGACACUGAGACACUGCCCUGGAGCCCUGGCUGGGAACGGCCGCAGAGCGUGAGCCCAAGGGGCCACCAGGCCAGCAAGCCCCAAGGUUUCGUGGAGGAUGGGCGCUCGGAGCUGGACAAGAGGCUGACGAGAAACGUGGCUUCCUUCCAGGCCCUCAGCCCCUUCGCAGGCAGCUCACUCGGGGCGCCAGCCACGCCAGACCCCCGCUGCGGCUCCCUGCGGCUGGAAGAGAUGCGGUCGGCCGGACGGGCGGGCUUGGUCGCGCCCUGGACCCUCCGGAGCUGUGAGCCUGUGCAGGAACGGAAACCAAACCAGAGCCCCUCCCGGCUGCCCCUGGCCAGGCUCCACCCUUGGGACAACCCCAUCCUCCAGUGGAACCAGACGAGGCCUCAGAGCCCGGCGCCCGCACGGUUCAGCCACUUCACGCUCCAGAUGCUGGAGCAGAGCCUGCGGGAAGAGGAGCUGCGCGCGCAGCACCAGGCCGCGCUGCUGCGCCUGCGCGAGAAGGCGCUCGAAGAGAAGACGCGCGCCGAGCUGGCCUGGCUGGAGCAUCGGCGAGGGUAUCUGAAUAGCACCGGCAGCUAUGCAGCGCUGAUGGCCUCGGCGGAGAAGCAGCACCAGGCCCUCAGCAACCUUGAGCGGGAGCUGAGGGAGAUACGGUACCUGCGGAACAUCCAGCUGUUCUCCCGCCAAGAGAAGAAGCUUCUCCUGCAGCAUCAGAAGGACAUCCUCUCCUUGCAGAGGCCCACGGCCCUCUUGCGGCAGGAGCUUCAGGCCCGGAGCAGGCUGCCUCAGAGUUCCAGCCCCGACGUCAAGGCCGCUCAGGAGGAGGGCCCUGGGACAAGCCAGCAGCCGGAGGGGCCCGCCCAGGCCUCCUCGCACCCCCCGCGCACCCCGACACCACACAGACCUGGCAGCCCUGGCAGCCACCGCCCCCGGAGGAGCCCCGAGAACCCGCAAGUCCCGCAACAUGCCCGCGCCUCGACACCCCAGCAGUGGCCCCAUUUGGGGGUGUGGGCCCUGCUUGGGAAGUGGCCGGGCAGGGAGGGGCCGGGACCCAUCUUCCUUUGCCCCUGUGCUGACUGCUCGGCCUCCGGCCGCAGCUGUCCCCUGGAUGUGACGUGUUGUUCCACUUGUGGAACGUUCUGGUCAGGGCUGGUCGCCCGGGGGUGGGGCAGUGCAGCCUGGGUGGGCAGUUACCACCACCCCGCAAUGCCUUGCAGCCUACUCACCGAGCAGGAGGUCAGGACACCCCCCUGGGCAGCUUCGGCGGAGGACGGUCACCUGCAGCCUCCGAGGCUGGCGUGGGGAGAGGACACACCCGUGGGCAGCGGCCGGCCUGACGCUGGAGGCCAGCUGGCGGAGAGCCACGGCCACAUGGGCCAAGGAGACCCCCAGACCAAGCCCAGCCCCCAGCCAGCAGGGGAGAAGACCCGGGCUCCUACAGGAAGCCGAGCAUCAAACUUCCAGGGCCAGAGCCGACACUCACCAAGCGCAGGGGGUCCCCUCAGCCCCCGGGAAGCCAGUUGUUUCCAGCAGGUGGUUGAAGGCAGCGGGAGCCGAGCUGGGUCGGAACUGGGGUUGGGCUUUGCCAGCAGCCCCGUGGAGAAGCCCGUCACCGUGGAAAGCUGCUCAGGGGAGCAGAGGGUAGAGACCAGUUGGCAGGAGGACCCCCGUGCCCCUUCCUCCCACCAGAAAGCUGCCCAGCUGACCGCCUCUCCAGCAGCUGCAGCAGCCAAGGUGGUGGCACCCCCCACCCAGCACGAGGGCAGCCCCCUGGCCCAGCUCACGGAACCCGUGGACCUGGGCUCCGAGUCUGAGUCUGGUCCCAGCACUUGCUCGGGGACUUCGGGGUCUUCGGCACGGUCCCCCACCCCCCGCUCAGGGAGCAGCCCGUCGUGUCCUUCCCUCCAGGAGUUUCAGAAAGCAUCCGCCAUCCUGGUCCAGCUUUCCGAGAGCUCCGUCUCCUUGUCGGGUGGGGAAGCCGGGGACACCCCGGGCGCAGACCUCAGCCGGUCUGGGGGGCUCUCUGCUGGAGGCUCCUGGGGGUUCCACUGGGGCGGAGGGCCGGAGACCUGGGAGGGGCUGAAGGGCAGCGGGGCCGUUUCCCUGCGGGGCUCCUGCGCUGGGGCGGGCGACCCGGAGCCAGCAGGGGGGCUCCCCAACACCCCGUCUCCGCGGUCGGGCUCAGAGCUGUCCGAGGCAUCCAGCGAGGUCUGGGACCCGGAGGGCCUGAGGGAACCUGGUGCCGGUGCUGGACUAGCCCCAGGGUGCUGCUUGCCCACAGGGGGCUCAUCCCACCUGGAACACGCUGGGGGGCCCCUUGUCCUGCCUCCCUCCUUGGGCCCAGGGGAGGGGCAGGAAGAUUCUGGAACCAGUGGGAGCCCGACUAGUGAAUCAAACGCAGGAAAAGCCAAAGGGAGGUCCCCAGAGGCUGCCAACCCGACAUUCCCAUCCCAAACCUCUUCCUCUGGUGACUUACACUUGUCCCUUUCCUUUCCUUCGGGGACCUCGGCCUCUGAAGGGGCAGAGUUCGGCCAAAGAGGAGAGACGGGGCCUCCACUGGCCUCAGCUGGCUGCCCGGAGGGGCCCUGGGGUGCCCGCCCGAGUCCAUCCACUGACGGGAAACCCCUACAGGCCCCAUCUGAGCCUGAGGUCCCGGGGAGCCCACGGGCUCCUCCUGGGGCCCCCGGUGGGCCGGCAGCCCUGACAGCCGAGAGCCGGGCACCUGGGUGUGGGGAGAGCAGAGCCCCCUUUGUCCUGGAGGAAGCCUGCCCUCCCUUGGCCAGAGGCGUCUUGACUGAGAUCCUGUCCCCCGUCCGUGAGGUGCUGUCCUACGGCAGAGCCGACCUCCCGUCCCCCUCCCACUGGGACACCCGCCUCCCUCCUCCGCUUCCCAUCCUCCCAGCAAACGGUGAGGCCAGCCCUGCCAGGGCCCACUCAGAAGACUUCCCUUCCCCGCCGGAAGAUGCCGAGUGUCCUGGGGGCUCGUGGGGCACCCCAGGGGAAGACGCCUCUAUCAUCACGGGAGAGCUGCCCUCCUUGUCUGAGGAGGGCCCGCCUGAGCCACUGUCCCCGGGGCCCCAGUAGUCGGGGUUCUGCCUGGGGGUGGCCGGACAGGGCAGAAGCCUUGGGGACGAAUUGGGUGAAUCCACUUCUGUUGGGAGGGACCAGGCCAUGGGUGGCCGGUGGUCUGAACCGCUCAGCUGACUAGGGUCCCCCUUGUGUGGGAGCACAGGUGAUGCCCCGGGGGGGCUCCCAAGGCUGUCAGCACAGCCCCCAACCCUAUCCAGAGUGGCCUGUGUGUCUGGGGACAGUCUGGCAGCUGGGGACCCAGGGCUGUCCGGCUCUGGGCGGGGGGACCCAGCUCCGGGUUUGGGCUCAGGCCUCCGCGCUGACCUCCCGGGUGUGGAGAGAGCCGAGGUGGUGGAUCUGGUCUCCACCCAGCUCACCAGAAGGAUCCUGUGCGACACGCUGGCCAAGCUCUCAGAGGCGGCCCCGCCAGGCAGCCUGGCAGCGGAGGGGCCAGCGGGUGCCAGUUGUGUCGCCUGGGCUCACACAGCGGCCACUGGGCAGUCGUGGGCAAGACAGGACU